AAAUUUUAAACUCUUGUUUACAUACAAAUCACGGUCAUAUACCUAAAUCAUGAGUCACUUAGCGAUGAGUCAUGACGUACGUAUAUCAAUGCCAAAAGGAAUAUGGCGAUGGUAUUUGGUUAGUGUGAAAUCUUGUUGAUUGUGUCUAAAGUGUAUGGUGUUUGUCGUUUUAAAGGUGUAAUUACAAUUUAAAUUUGGAAUAUAAUUUAUUAAGACAAUGAGUUUCUUUAGUAAAGUAUUCGGUGGUAAAAAGGAACCGGCGCCUUUAUCAACAGCUGAAGCGAUACAAAAAUUACGGGAGACGGAAGAUAUGUUGAUAAAGAAACAAGAUUUUCUUGAAAGUAAAAUAGAACUUGAAAUUCAAACUGCUAAGAAAAAUGGAACAAAAAACAAGAGAGCUGCAAUUCAAGCACUCAGAAGAAAAAAACGUUAUGAAAAACAAUUGCAGCAAAUCGAUGGUACACUCACUACUAUUGAAAGUCAAAGGGAAGCUCUUGAAUGCGCAAAUACUAAUACUGCUAUACUUACUACAAUGAAAAAUGCAGCAGAUGCAUUAAAAUCUGUUCACCAGCACAUGGAUGUUGAUCAAGUACAUGAUAUGAUGGAUGAUAUAGCUGAACAACAAGAUGUUGCAAGAGAAAUUUCUGAUGCAAUUUCCAAUCCUGUAGCAUUUGGUCAUGAUGUAGAUGAAGAAGAAUUAGAAAAAGAGUUAGAAGAGCUUGAACAAGAACAACUUGAUAAAGAAUUGCUUGGUAUUGAAUCUACCAAUGAAUUACCAAAUGUUCCAGCUACUGCUAUUCCAACUGCUCCAAUUAGGACUCGCACAAAACCCAAACCUGAAGAGGAUGAAGAUUUAAAAGAGUUAGAAGCAUGGGCAUCAUAAAAUGAUUUAAUAUCAUAUAAUUAUUCUAAUGUUAACACUGCAGUAUUUUUUAUGCACUGUUAAAAUAAUUAAUUGAAAUGAUGGAAAAAAGCUUCAGAAGUAAUAAGUAUCUUAAAUACUUGUAUUUAAGCCAG